AAACAUAUUCAAAAAUCAUAGUACUAUUUUACGUGCUAUUUUAAUAUCUCACUAUGUUUGUUUUGCAAACAGUUCUGCUUAGUCAUUUCAGGACUAACUCCAAUAAUAGAAAUAUUACUAUAAUCAAGGCAGGUUCUUUGUAUUGGUAUUAAAAUGUUCAUGGUUUGGGCCGAUGUAUAAUUUUGUGCUUGUGACUGCAUAUGAAUCCUCAAAAGUAUAGAGAAAAAUCAAUAUCAUUGACCCACAGGAUUCCAGAGAAGCGAAUCAAAGGUUAGUGUACUCAUGCAAAGGUUUACAAGAGUGAGCGUGAUCUGCCGCUGAAAACUCUCAUUUGGCACCGUGUCGUCUGAUCUACUGCCAUCAUGAAUCUGAAGCUCCUCUUCUUUUGCCUCUUUCUUGCUGUGAUUCUCAUCCCUGCUGAAAUGAAGCGUGACAAGUACAAAAAACUUCGUUAUAAUCAUCGUCAUCAUAACGAUGAUCCUCUUCAAGUCGGGCCUCAUAAACAUGGAAAACAUGCGAAAAGGAGAGAACGGUUUAAUGACAUAAUUAAUGACGUGUUCUUUGGAAAUUUGAGAGAUACUCUUGAUGAUGAUGACGACGAUGAUGAUGAUGACCCAAGUGAAUGGCUUCUUGACCUUCAAGAUCCAGCAGGCCAAUGUAACCCAAACCCUUGCCAAAAUAAUGGCGUUUGCAAGGAGAAAGGAAAGAAAAAAUUCAAAUGUGACUGUCCAAAACAUUUCAAGGGAAGACGAUGUGAGAAAGGACCAAAGUUUUGCAAGAGAGGUUUAUGUGGCUGUGGUGAGUGUGUGCUGACUUCCACUCGACCAUUUUAUGAGUGCAAAUGCAAGCAUCCCUUCAAGCCUCCAUACUGUAGAACAUAUGCUGUCUGUGAGCCUAAUCCGUGUAAGAAUGGUGGACAGUGCAUCAAGGAUGGUAACGACUUUGAUUGCGAGUGUCCUUCAGGUUUCAGAGGUCGUUUUUGCCACGUCGGCCCAAAUGACUGUUAUGAAGAUGAUGGAGAGUCAUAUCGUGGUACCGUGAGUGAGACAGUUGAUGGUGAUGAGUGCCUCUACUGGAACUCUCAUUUCAUCCUGGAGAAAGGAAUGUAUCCUUUCAACUCUUUUGAGGACAGCGACGGCCUUGGCCCUCACAACUUUUGCAGAAACUCAGAUGGUGACUUGACGCCGUGGUGUUUCUUCAGAAGAGGCCGAAAGCUGCUGUGGAACUAUUGUGAUGUAAAUGAAUGUUCUGAAGAUGGAAUUGCCACCCCAGCUCACCCUGCACCUCCAGCUUCUCCAGCACCUCCUGAGCCAGCUCCUCCAAAGCCAACAACACCUGUCCCAACCCAAAUGACCAUCGAGCCUCCACAACCUAGUGACGCCUCACCCACUCUCACACCUUCUCUAAAAACGUUCAGCACUUGUGGGAAACCUCAGCCAAAGAUAGCCAUCACCCGAAUCUUUGGGGGAUUGAAGGUACCCCCUGGGGCAUUACCUUGGCAGGUGUCCCUGCAAGUGAGGCCCAAGAGAUCCACUCAGUUGUACAAGCACAUCUGUGGAGGUGUUCUCAUCGAAAGCUGCUGGAUACUGACAGCUGGACACUGCAUUGAACGGCGAAAUGACAUGCAGGUGGUUAUGGGAGGGCUCUCUCUGGACACUGAUGAGUCCACUGAACAGAUCUUUAAUGUUGAAGAGGCCAUUGUGCAUGAGAACUAUAGGGAAACUCUAAUAUCAGUCCACAAUGACAUAGCGUUGCUGCGACUGGAAGGUGCUGAUGGUGUUUGUGCCAAUGAGACCCAGUUUGUGAAGGCAGCCUGUCUGCCUGAGAGCCCACUAGCUGAUGGGGAGGAAUGUACCAUCUCUGGGUGGGGUGCCACUGAGGAAUCCGACUAUGGUUCCAACCAUUUGCUGGAGGCCAAUGUUCUGCUGAUCAACCAGGACAAAUGCUCCGAAGACAACAUUUAUGGCUCAACUUUGGAUAAUGGCAUGUUCUGCGCUGGACAUCUACAAGGAGGUGUCGAUUCCUGCCAGGGUGACUCUGGAGGACCGCUGACCUGUGAGCACAACAACACCCAUGUUGUUUAUGGUUUGGUGAGCUGGGGAGACCAAUGUGGAAAGAAGAAUAAACCUGGGGUAUACUCACGGGUCACUCAUUUCCUGGACUGGAUCAAAUCAAAGACUCAAGCAUCAUCAUAAUAAAGAACAUCUACUAUUGCA